ACACACUCAUGCAAGCGCCCUUCUCUCUGCCCCCCUUUGAGUCAUUUGAUUGGUUGUUGGGGAAAUCAUAAAGCAAGAUAGCAGCCAAUCUUAAGCCAUCAAACCUCACACAGCGCAGGCAGGGUUUUUUUUAUCCGCUUAAAGAGCGGAGAGGAGCUGUCAUCAUUGGAUGUAACGGUAACUAGUUCUCAGGAGUGACGAUUUAGUUUGCCAAAUGCACGACGGUGGGCAUUCCCAUACUUUAAGCUGAGUUACGGAAAGUUAUUAAAAGUUAUGAGAGAAACGAGGCGAAGCUUCUCUGAAACAAGCGGCAACAUAUCUGCAAAAACACAAGAGAGCUUUCAGCACGUUCAUCUAUGCAAGAGCAUGGCAGCAGCCUGGCUCCAGUCUGACCUGUCCUGCUCUAUCCCAAGCCUUAUUGGACAAAAGCGUUUUCCCAGGAAAACCUGCUGAUCAGGAGUGCCCGGAGAGCCAUGCUGUCUGGUAGCUGGCGGCGCUCGUUUGGACAAACUCAGCCCGUUGCGGCACCCGUCGUGAACCCCAGCGGGAUGACAGUGUGCGGGGUCCCCAGUGGUACGGUGGUCCUCGAGGCUCAAUAUGACUACAGCUAUCGGGGCGCAGAUGGACGGCAAGUUUGCAUAAGGGAGGGCGAGCGUUUUAUUCUUCUGAAGAAAACGAAUGCAGACUGGUGGCAGGUGCGGCGGAUUGGGGCAGCCAGCAAAGCAAAGCCCCUGUAUGUCCCCGCCACGUACGUGACGGAGGUGCCGAUCGCUCCAAUUCCAUCCCCCCAACGUCUGGUCAUGUCUACCUCACUGCAUCCCAACUUUAGGGUACUUCCUCGGGUGUCGCUGUCCCCCAGUCCCACAAAGUCCGCUUGUAAUGAGCAACUCAGAGUGAACAAACCCAUCUAUCGCUCUAUGGACAACCUCAAUUCCAACAGUGCCUUUCAGGGAUCGGACAACAAGUCCAGCAUGGCCAGUGGACGUUUUCCCACCCUUCCCCUUUCCGGAUUUACAUUUGCUCCCAACUCUCCAAGCUUCCCAACUGCCAACCCCACGGUCAGGGAGUCGCCCGCGGUCUCCACAGUGCCAUCUAACCCUAGGGUGGUCCCUACCAUCACCCGGAGCCAGAGUUCCAGCAACCUGCCCGAAAACCUGAUGGAAAACCCCUACGAUGAGAUCGGAGGUGGCCUCGGCAAUCACAUCAACCAAAGGAUGCCCAAAAAGUCCAGCAGCCACUGGGACAUGGUUGAAGCUUCAGGGAAGAGAAACCAUUUGCAGGUUCCAACAGAGGCUUACUUCUCCCAGUUAUCCUGGCAGGACUCCCCCCUUUAUUCUGAAACCCAGCAGGAAAAGCGUAACUCGCAGCUGGAGCCUCCCGUUCCUGAUCCGGGCCAGAAGCCGGUACAGGUCAUGGACUUAUGGGAGCAGUAUUCUGACCCGGCCACAGGAAGAUGCUAUUAUGUCAACAGCGUUACUAAGGAAAGGUCAUGGAAACCUCCCCGCCGGGCUCGUGCUCAGAGUGCCAACAAGGUCACUCCAGGUCAACCUCAGCAGUUAUACCGCGAUGCCAGCCAUCUGUCACUCCCACUUACUGAGACGGGCAAUGGAACAAUGCACAAGCUGUCGCCUGACUUCAUCUUUGGAAGGAACAUGGACAGUGGCUGGCAGAUGAAGCAGAGCAUGCAACGUGCCGUCUCCUCUGACACGCUGAGCACCAAAGCAUUCGAAGAGCAGACGCACAAUUUUGCAGGAGUUUAUGACGCCAAGCAGCAACUCUGCCACUCCCAAUCUAUGAUUCUGCCUGAGAAUGGAAAGCUGGUCAACCAAGAUUAUUCCUGCAAUGUGGCCAACAUCGUCGUGGAGCCCCCAUCUUCUGAGAGCUCCCCGGACAGUGAUGGCUGCACUCCGGAGCUGGAGAAAGCAGGCCUCCUGAACAAGACGAAGAUCGCCGAAGGAGGCAGAAAACUUAGGAAAAAUUGGGGCUCCUCCUGGGUGGUCUUAGUUGGGAACAGUCUGGUUUUCUACAAGGACCCUAAAUCACAGUCUCCUUCCAGCUGGAAACCAGGGAGCAGCCGUCCAGAAAGCAGCGUGGACUUAAGGGGGGCGCAGCUGCACUGGGCCAAUGAGCUGUCCAGCAAGAAGAAUGUCUUCAAGUUGCGAACGGUCACCGGAAACGAGUUCCUGCUGCAGUCUGAGACGGACUCUCUGAUCAAAGAGUGGUACAACACCAUCAAGAAUGUCAUCGAGCGGCUGGACCGUGAAAAUCCUCUGGACAAUGUGCUCCUGUACUCUCUGAGGAGAGCAGGGAGUGUGGAGAUGCUGGACCACAGUGGAGACGAGGAUGAGAGGAGAGCAUCUCUUCCUCGCUCUGCGUCCAACCUGGAAAACACAGAGAGGAAAAGAGUAAAGACCCGGCUAAAGAAGCUGAUCCUGAAAAGGCCUCCUCUGCAGGCUUUGCAGGAAAAAGGCCUCAUUAAAGAUCAAGUGUUUGGCUGCAGCCUGGAGAUGCUGUGUGAGCGCGAGCGGUGCACGGUUCCUCGCUUCGUCAGACUCUGCACUGAGGCUGUGGAGAGGAGAGGCCUGGACACUGACGGCAUCUACAGAGUGUCGGGGAACCUGGCGGUGAUUCAGAAGCUCCGCUUCCUGGUGAACCAUGAGCGAGCGGUGACCACAGACGGCCGUUACAUGUUCCCCUCGGAGUUGGUACAAGAAGAAAAGCUGAAUUUGGAUGAGAGUGAGUGGGAGGACAUUCAUGUCAUCACGGGGGCUUUGAAACUUUUCUUCCGGGAGCUUCCUGAGCCCGUUGUGCCCUUUGGUUUCUUCACCGACAUCGUGGAGACAGCCAAGAUGCCAGAUUACGUGGAAAAAGUGGAUCGCCUGAAGUGUCUGGUGCUCAGUAUGCCUCCUCCGAACCACGACACGCUGCAGUUCAUGUGCCAGCAUCUCAGACGGGUACUGGGGCACUCGGAUACCAACAGAAUGACCACCCAGAACAUCGGUAUCGUGUUCGGGCCGACACUUAUGCGUCCAGAGCAGGACACUGGGAACAUGGCUGUGAACAUGGUGUUCCAGAACCAGGCGGUGGAGCUCAUCCUCACGGAGUUCGACCACAUCUUCGGAACAAGAGGCCUCUCCUAAUCUUAAUCUUCUUGAACCAGAGCGGAGAGAUGUGCUGCCUCAGUUGCUCCUCCAAGUCAGAGACAGAAGUGAAAGCAUUGCAACAAUCCCCGUAGACCAAUAAGGAUCAAAGCGGAUUUCACAUUAAAAGAUAAUUACAGGCUCAAAGGAACUUGGGGAGAAAGCUGCUAAUCAUGACAUCUGGCCUCCAUAUAAAGCAACAUUAAAACAAUAAUAUUACAACACGCCAGUUUUAGCAGCAGUACUCGUUUCUUUGAGUGCAGAUAUGGAGCUCGGCGCAGGAAGAGACCAGCCAGAGAUGCUCUAAACUUCAUCAACAGUUGGAUAAAAAGCCAUAAAAAAAUAUUAAAAUAACUCCUCCAAUCUCCUGAGCUAUUAUGCAUUUCUUCAUCAAGAAAGGUGUGGGGAAGGUCGUGUCUUACUGUAGCACUGAAGUACAACUUAACAGCGCCAUCUCACUGUGAAAACAACACCAGCAAGUCUUCAACCUGCAGGGUUUGUUGGAAGGACGCUGUGAAAACCCUCUUUUAUCUCCAUGGACAGAAGGUUUGAGUCAGAAAAGAGGGUGCGCUUUAGUGAUGAGAUGAAUGUGCCAACAGGUCAGUUCGUGUUCCGUCGUGGUACUGUAACCCUCUCCUCGUCGUACACGUUUGAAUCCAUUUUUGAAUCCUCGUUGUAUAUAUGUGAAAUAGUCAGCUAUAGUCGGCGUAUCCAUACAGACGUUAACCUAAGCGAUAAUAUAUGAGUGGAAUUCAAACUGGCACGUUUCCUUUUGAGAGGCAAAGCCUUGCUGCUCCUUGGACCUGACUGUCAACCCUCCUCCAAUAAAACCAUGUGAACCAGCUGAUGGCAUCUGUUUCGUGAUGUUUGCUCAGGAUGUGUCAGUCAGGUUGUUUGUUGCGUGACAGUUAGAAGAGGCGUGUGGAGGUAUGUGGGCCUCAGAGACCGGGCUGGCGGGCGGGCAGCGACAUCCCCUCUGAUUGGUGCAAAUGCUGCUUUUAAUAACAGAACAAAAGGGGAACUGGAAAUGCAUAUGUUUAAAAAAUGUGGAACCCCUCCCCACCGCCAACACUCAAAAACCCUUGCAGUCUGUGGCUUGGGUAGUUUUAUAUUGACUGCGGGUUUGGCAAAAGAUAUGAAAGAGCUGAAAGACUGCACUGCAGGGGGGUGGGGGGUGUAUAGCUUUAUUAAAUGUACUCCUCCAUUUUUCUGUUGGUAUCAUUUUAGGUCAUGUGAGCUCCUUGGACGGGGCUGCAGUUGUGUGUAGCUGAUUGAUGAGGAGUUGUCUCAACUUGAUCCCGCGUCCGCUGCCAAGGACGACCUUAAAUUGGUUUGAAAAGACAAACCGCACGUAUUUAUUUGUUCCAAUCGCAUUUGUGCCGUAUUAUUUCAGAUUUUAUAAGUACUUCCUUCUGUCACUGAGUUUACCGUUUCAUGUUAUUUUCUUUUUUUCAUAGUCCUGUCAAAUCAUCCUAACAUUUUACUAAAUGUUUGCUUCUUUUUUGUUUCACACAAGGACCAUCUGACAGCCAGAAACCACUGAUGCUUAUGAUAUUUAAUGAAGUAUUUGUAUUGUAGGUUUAGAAUAAGCAAACCAGAGAUUUGGUAGGUUUUUCUAGUAUAAUAAGACGUAUACAAAACAAGCUCUCUGAUUCGAGUUUUUGCACUUAAGAGUUACUCAUCAUUUUGAAAUGAAAUUGUGCAAAAAAGCAAUAAUAUCCACAAUUGAAAUGCCUCCCUUUUCUUUUUGGUUGUAUUCAUAAGCAAAGCAGUGGGUUAAAAAAAUGAAAAUUCUGUUUGCAAGAACAGAUUUUUCCCAAAUGGAUAGAUCAAUCCUGCUUUAUCCCUAAAAACGUUUUGGAUCUGUCACUUUUGUUGUUGCAAAAUUAAUAAAAACAUCAAAUAAUUCUUAAAAGGGCUCUUAAAGCAAUUUUUGGUUCAAAAAAUCUCCAAAAAGGUCCACUUUUGAUACAUUUGACCUGAAUAAACAAAUUUUUUACUUUUAAUCACUGGGAUUUAGAAGUAAUUAUAGCAGUAAGUUUUUGUUCUUUUGCUUUCAUCUAAAUAAUUCUAACACUAGUUAAGUCUUUGUUGUACUCUUUUGUCGAGUCUGAACUCACCUGUCUGUUUGCAAGUCACAUCAACCCCAAAUUAAUUUAGUUUUAUUCAAAAUUUAACAUAAAUGUUUCAAAAAGGUUUUUAGUUUUUACAUUUUUGGUCUAAAACAAACAUAAACAAAGUUAUAUCACAUACUUGUGAUACACCUUUGUUCAUAGAUUAUAGUUAAUUGGAGCUUUGUCUGAUAUUUCUUUUUUUUUUUUUACAUUUUUCACCAAAAAAUUUACUUUUCUUUUCUUUCUAUUUAGAUUUCUGGAUUUUUAUUUUGUCUCACACAUUUAAUCUUUGUCAUAAAACAUAACAAUUCAAUUUGGGGGGUAAUUCUUGCAGUAAAAUGGCACAUUUUACUCUUAGAAAUUGAGUUUUUGUAACGUUGAAUUUUCAUUGUGGAAUUAUUGUGUAAUAUAACAAUACAAAUAUAUAUCUGUUUAAAGAUGUGGUUGUCCCAAAAUGAUGGAUUUCAACCAUUGCUACAAAAUGAAUAAAUUGGAAAGUAGUAAAAAAAAAAAAAAAAA